AUGAGUGAAAGGCCAAUACAUCUGGAGCCAUCGAAGCUCGGCACAAAAGAAUACUGGGACAACCUCUACACGAGCGAACUGGCCAACAACUCCUCGAACCCCAGCGACAUUGGCACCGUCUGGUUCGACGACUCCGACGCCGAGGCCAAGAUCCUCGAGUUUCUCUCUACGCGGUCUGACCUAUCCCGCUCCGACACCACCUUCCUCGAUUUGGGCUGCGGCAACGGAUCGUUACUCUUCUCUCUCCGGGAAGUGGGCGACGGCGACGAUGAAGAUGACGGCGACGAAGCACAAGUAGAAUCCGCGGGCCCAUGGACGGGGCGCAUGCUCGGUGUUGACUACAGCCCCCAAUCUGUAGCACUGGCAAACCAGAUUGCCUCGAGUCGCGACAAGGAUGAGGCGGCCCGGAUGAGUUUCCAAGAGUGGGACAUCCUUGCAGGAUCAUACUCGGAUAUCUUGGCCGCUUCGGAGGCUGAGGGCUGGGACGUGAUACUCGACAAGGGUACAUUCGAUGCGAUCUCGCUGAGUGACAGCCAGGAUGCUCAGGGUAGGCGGAUCUGCGAAGGCUAUCGGGAGCGAGUGCUCCCACUGGUGAAGCAGGGGGGUUUAUUCAUCAUUACGAGCUGUAAUUGGACGGAAAAGGAGUUAACGGCCUGGUUUGAAAGCCCGGGUGGUUUCGCAAUGGAUGGAAGAGUUGACUAUCGCACGUUUUCAUUUGGUGGUGUCAAAGGCCAAACCAUCACUACACUCUGCUUCCGUAAAUUAUAG